AUGUCUAAAACACCCACCAAAAUAAACGAAUAUCUCGUCCUUCCCAUAAAACUUCCGGACAGAAUAGUGGAAUCAACCUUACAUUAUCUCUAUCUCCGCCGACACGCACCUAAAGUCGCUACGCCUAGCGAUUCGAGAUCGUUAUUUGCCGUUAAUGUUCCAAUCGAUUCAACAGAAGCGCACCUGAGAGGACUGUUUUUGAGAAUUGGUGGUGGAAUGGUUGAUAGCGUUGUCUUCGAUGGAGAGGAUAAGAAUAAGAGAAGAGAGGAAGCUGCACCCGCAGAGUCAAAGAAGCGGAAACGUGUUGACGAUGCAGAUGUUGAAGCUGCCGCUACGGUAAUGACAUGGGAUAGGAAGCUAAGGAGAUCUGGCUCAACAGCAGUAGUGGUGUUCGUGGAUAAGGCGAGUGUUGAAAUAACGCUCAAAGCUAUUUCUAAGGCGACUAAGGGCAAGAAGCAAGGUGAAGUCCCAGUUUGGGGAGAGGGCAUCAGCGAUGCGAACAAAAUACCGGCUUUAGGGAUAUCACGCUAUUUGACACAUCACAAUCUUCGUUUCCCUUCCAAGAUAGAGUUGCAAUCUUCAAUCGAUGCCUUUAUGACUAUUUUCAACGAACAAGAGGCUGAGAAUGCCCGUGCCCUAGCCCGACGGAGACAGGAGCCUGAUGAGGAUGGUUUUAUUACUGUGGUUCGAGGAGGGAGGGUCGCUCCCGCUCGACAAGAAGAGGCGGCGGCUCUUGCAAAGAAGAAGGGAGAGAAAGAAGCCCCCAAGAACUUCUAUAGAUUCCAGACCAGGGAGGUCAGGAAAGAAAGGCAUCAACAGUUGCUGGCGAAGUUCGAGAUGGAUAAGAAAAAGGUCGCCGAGAGGAAAAACAUGAGGAAAUUCAAACCGUUGUAA